GCAUACUUUGGUGACUAUAUAUAAUAUAUAUAUAUAUAUAUAUAUUAUUUUUAAUUUAAAAAAAAAUUCCUUCUUGUGGGACUGUUCUCAGCAGUGGCCAUGGCAUCCGUUCCACAGACACGGUAAGCUAAUGGAAUCCAUAGCACCGAUGAGCCUGCCAGAUAAGCUGUUUUGGUAUCUCAGGUGCCGGGCAAGUAUAGACCCAAGAGCAGUUCAUGGCCUCUCUUGCAAGCUUGGUUGCCUGUGCUCCACCUUCUUCCGCAACGGCCUUCUCCAUGCCUACACUUGGCUUUCAAGUUCAGUGCCUGCUGAUGCUCGCAAGUUGCUCGACGAAAUCCCUCAACCAAAUGUCGCCACUUGGUCGACCAUGAUCUCUUGCUACGCGCGAGCCGGCGAUCUAAGACAUGCUGUGUCUUUGCUUAGAGAACUCCUGCAGGGAAGCAUUGGUGGAUGCGAGGGUGACAACUUUCUUCUUCCUCACGCAAGCAAUCUUGGUAACGUAAUUGCAGGCUGUGCUCGUGCCAAGGACCUAAAAGUCGGGCUGCAAAUGCAUUGCACUGCGAUCAAACUUGGAGUUGAAAAUGAUACGUUUGUAGCAGGCACAUUGAUCGACAUGUAUGGCAAGUGUGGGAAGGUUGAUGAAUCAUUGAGAAUCUUCAAUCAGAUGUCUGAUGGGGAUGCAGUUACUUGGACCUCCAUCGUCACUUGUUUGGCUAAUAGCGGUGAGCUCAGGUUGUGGGAAACUGCACUCGGGAUCUUCAAGGACAUGAUAUGCAAGGGAAUAUGGCCUGUCAACAUGACAUUUGUUAGCCUGGUCAAGAUUCUUGACGAACCCAAAAGGCUUUGCCAAGCUAAGCAGGUGCAUGGCUGCAUGGUAAAGCUUGGGAUCAAGAUCGAUGAUCUGUUGGGAAGUGCUCUGAUUGCAAUGUAUGGAAGGUGUGGUGGUUUGGAUGAAGUGGUCAGACUUUCCGAUAGGGUGAACAUGGAUGUGGUGUCAUGGACUUCAUUGCUCGUUGCCUACAUGCAAAAUGGAUGUAACUUGGAUGCUGUCAAUGUCUUCCGCAAAAUGAUAGAGGAAAAGGUAGCGGUUGACUCCUUUACGAUUGCAAGCGUAAUUGGAGCUUGUUCAGCCAUGGAAGAACUGGAAGCAGGAGAAGAGAUACAUUGUUAUGCUCUAAGACAUGAUUUUUUGUCUGAUGUAUCACUUUGCAAUGCUCUGAUUACACUCUAUGGAAGAUGCAAUCAGAUCACAGAGGCAGAGAUAGUGUUUCAGCUGAUGAGAGACAAAGAUAUCAUAUCUUGGACUGCACUGUUGACUUGCUAUGGCCAGAACGGUUGUGGAGGACCAGCCAUACUCCUAUUCCGAGAAAUGCUUCAAGAUGGAAUUAAACCCCCUAUAUACUGUGUAUCCGGUGCCAUUCGGGCAUGUUCUGUAAUUGCAAGUCUUUCCAUGGGUGAGCAGAUACAUUGCAGGACUGUAAAGACCGGGAUUGAUGAUGACCUCUCUGUUGAGAACUCUCUUAUAACAAUGUAUGCAAAGUGUGGUCAUAUAGAACUUGCGUUGAGAUUCUUUGAUUCUAUGACUAAUAGAAAUGUUGUCUCUUGGAACGCCUUGAUCACAGGAUUUUCACAGCACGGUCAUGAGAGAGCAGCUUUAGAACUAUUUGGUCAGAUGCAGAAAGAAGCCAUCCAACCGGAUGACUACACUUUCAGUGGUGUCCUAGUUUCUUGCAGCCGAUUGGGUCUAGUCGAACAGGGCUGCCAAUAUUUCAGAGUCAUGAGCGCAGAAUAUGGCCUCAAGCCAAAGUUGGAGCAUUAUGCUUGCAUGGUUGAUUUAUUUGGUCGUGCCGGUAGGCUUUACGAAGCCAUGGAAUUCAUAAACAUAAUGCCAUUUGAGCCAGACCAGUUAAUUUGGGAAGCAUUGCUUGCAUCAUGCAAGAUCCAUGGAAAUAUAGAGCUUGUGAAAUUUGUGGCAAAGAAAAUAAUGCAGAUGAGACCAAGGGACCCUUCCCCUUAUAUUACCUUAUCGACUAUGUAUGCUUCGAUGAGUAUGUGGGACAGAAAGGCUUCUGUUCAAGCUAUAAUGAAGGAUGGAGGAAUGCAGAAGGAACCUGGAAGAAGUUGGAUUGAAGGCCAGGACUUACCUAAAGAUACAAUUUAUACAUUGCAAGUGGGGGGAGCUUGAGAAGACAUGAAUAUAACUUCUGAGUUUGUCACAAAGAAUGUUCAAGAAAAAAGCCAUAUAGUUUUGGAGAUCGACGGUGAAGCAAGGCUGUGCACACUGUUCAUCCCCAACAACGGUUUGGAUAUUGCGACAAUUCAUUAUCCACAGUGGAUAGGAUUUGAAGACACUCAGAAUCUGUGUCUAUAUAUGAGAAACAUGCUAAUACCAGGUGAUGGUAAACCAUUGAAGUGACGAAAAAGGCCACAGGAUUUGCCUCAGAUAACAUGGUAUUUCUAAGUUGUGUAAGAACUAGAGAAGCUGACCAAGAUUUGUCAGUGAAUGAGUUCUUUGCAGAAUCAAUGGGGCUUACUCGGAUCAAUUCAUCCCAAGUUUAUGCAUCCAUUGAUUGCUGUCUCUCCAUUUUCUCAUCAGCUUAUCAUGCAGCUCAUCAAAGGAACAAGUGCCGGCAAACAUGGAGCCUCUUGGCAUUCGGAGAAAGUCCUUAUAUUGUCCAAUGCAAUGACUUGGGAAGUUACCAUUAUAACACAAUUAACCAUACUGAGUCAUAUCUUCCCAAUUUCUUUUGGUUCUGAAGUCAAAGAAAUAUAUUCAAGUAAUGCAGAAAGUGUUCAUCCUGAAUAAUCUGAGUCUCAGGAGUUUGGAGGAGUGUACACCCGCCAUUGUGGUCUAUCUUGCUACUUAUUAAUGGGGUAAUAUUGCCCACCUUUACAUCAACAAAAUUAAACUUCAUUGUGACAUCAACCAUAAGCUUCUUUUUCUCCAAAGAAAAGGAAAAAAUAUAUAUCAUGUAAUCAAGAGAGUACAGUAAGAACCUCUGACAUCAGUGGACAAAACUAAUUAUCUUGCCAAAAAGAUAAUUGGUAGAGAUAAAUCAUAAUUAGAUAUCGUUGAUGUUUUGGUAGACAUCAACCAUAAGCCACCAAUCAUACUGCAACUGCAUAAAGCAACCAUCACAAGAAGCAGAAACUGCAUCAGCUAAAAGAACAAAUUGGACUUGGACAUCAUCAGCAAAGAAUUGUUGUUCAA